UUCUUGAAAUUAGUUUAAUUUAUUAUUUUUUUGAUAUUUUGGUCAGAUGUAAAACUUAAAAAAGUAAUGUUGUCUGAUUUGGACCAAUCAGAGAAAACCACGAAAAGAGACGAAGGAAAAAUGGGUUGUCGCACUGUCAAAUAAUUAGUUUGUAUUGAAAUACAAUUGCUGCCAAUUUGUGCUAAGGACUGUUGUAAAAUAAUUGUAAUAAAAUAAUGGACUACUUAGUGAAUAUCAACUGGAACAAAAUCACACCAUGCCUUGUUUUAUUAGUACUAGAAAUAGUGUUAGAAUUUUCAGAGUGCGCGACGCCGGCGGAGGUGAACAAACACCUGGAACUCGGGCGAGACUUCCUGGCGCGGGGACAGCUCUCUGACGCGCUCACGCACUAUCACGCAGCCGUCGAGGGCGACCCCCACAACUACCUCACAUACUUCAAGCGUGGUACCGUGUACUACGCACUGGGCAAAGCUAAAUUUGCCUUGCAAGACUUUACAAAGGUGUUGGAGCUGAAGCCAGACUUCACGUCGGCGCGGCAUCAGCGCGCCAACGUCUACCUCAAGCUAGCACAGUACAGGGAAGCCAAGGAAGACUUUCUACAUGUUACAUACGCGGACCCGUACAACGAGGAGGCGGUGAACAAUUACCACCGCGUGGACGAGUUCGCGGAGGAGCUGCGCCUGGCGGAGGCCUACUACCGCGGCGGGGACUUCCGCGCCGCCGCCGACCUCGCCACCAGGCUGCUGGAGCUGUCGCCAUGGUCGGCGCAGCUGCGCCAGCUUAGGGCGGAGUGCUACAUUGCGCUGAACGACCUGUUCUCGGCGGUGUCGGACAUCCGCUCGGUGAACCGGCUGCAGCAGGACUCCACGGACGGCUACCACCGCCUCGCCACGCUGCUCUACCGCCUCGGCCACGUCAGCGACGCGCUCAAGGAAAUCCGCGAGUGUCUAAAACUAGACCCGGAGCACAAGAAGUGCUUCCCGUUCUACAAGAAGAUCAAGAAAGUGGACAAGUACCUGCUGGACUGCGAGCAACUCAGCGAGGCGCGCGACUUCGCCGGCUGCAUCGCCAGCGCUAACAAGGUGCUGAAGGCCGAGGAUGACGUCACGCUCGUCGUGUUCGAGGCCAGGAAGUGGCUGUGCAGCUGUUCCGUCAAGGAGGAGUUAUACACGGAGGCGCUGUCGGAGUGUGGUGCGGCGCUGGCGCUGCAGCGCGACGCGCGCGUGCUGUGCGACCGCGCCGACGCGCUGCUCGGCCUCGACAUGUUCGACGACGCCAUCCACGCGUACAAAGAGGCCCUCGAGCUGGAAGAGGGCCUGCAGCGCGCCAAGGACGGCAUCUCGCGCGCUCAGAAGCUGCAGAAGCAGUCCGAGCAGCGCGACUACUACAAGAUACUCAACGUUAAAAGGUAAUUCAUAAACAACCUCGUUAUGCCAGGUUCU